AUGGUGGAUUCGGCAAGGGUUUCGGCGGUCUUGGCUACGGAGGCUACGGAGGUUACGGCCUCGGCGGCUAUGGUGGAUUCGGCAAGGGUUUCGGCGGUUUCGGCUACGGAGGUUACGGAGGUUAUGGCCUCGGCGGCUAUGGUGGAUUCGGCAAGGGAUUCGGCGGUCUCGGCUACGGAGGUUACGGCUUCGGCGGCUACGGUGGUUUCGACGGGGUAUAAAAGGAGUGAAGUACCACACGGAAGGCAUCAGUCCUCUACUGUCCUCUACAGAAGCAGCAUCACAGCAACAAACAUGAAGGUUCUGUGCAUCUUCGCCAUCCUCGUCGUCGCUGUCAGCGCAGGAGGUUACGGUGGAUACGGCGGAUUCGGAGGAUACGGUCUUGGUGGAUAUGGAGGCUACGGUCUCGGAGGAGGAUUUGGCAAGGGCUUCGGCGGCUAUGGUCUUGGUGGCUUCGGCGGAGGCUACGGCGGCGGCUACGGCGGAUUUGGCGGCAAAGGCUUCGGCGGCUAUGGUCUUGGUGGAGGCUAUGGCGGCUUCGGCGGCUUCGGCAAGGGCUUCGGCGGCUAUGGUCUCGGUGGAGGCUACGGCGGCGGCUACGGCGGUUAUGGAGGCUAUGGCGGCUUCGGCAAGGGCUACUAAUAAGCCACUACACCAAAGAAACCACCAGUCACA